AGGUGACAGUGAACGAGCGUCAUCACUACGCGUUCCAGCACCGCCUCCCGCCGGAGCACGUGCGCUUCCUGGAGGUGAACGGCGACGUGAAGCUGGAGGCCGUCAGCUGGGAAGGCGGCGGUAGUUACUGGAACCGUCUCACAGCGGUGCCCAGUUGGGGAGCCUCCCGCGUGUAUUAGACGGCGCAGCCUUUGGUCCCGGCACCGCCCCCACGGACCCGCCCUCAAGAAGGCGGCGAACACCGAGGUCGCUGAGCUGGACAAUGUGCAGGAAGCCACCGUGGCAAGGGCCUGAUCCCCGCAGUCCCUGAGCCCCUUGCGUGGGUUGAUUCUCACCGCCCGCAGGAGAAGGAGCGACUGCUCCACGCUGUACGGAGCGGGGAGAUUAUCAACAGCACACACAGGAGACAGCUGCUCAGUGACUUUCACUAGGCGCCAUCGGAAAACCUUCCCGGGGUAAACAGCGGCCCCGUCUUCCCGGGCUCAGCACCCUGUUGGAGGCCAGAUUCCCCACACAGCCCCGCUCCCGCGUAGGCCUCUAAGGCAGAGAUUUGGUGACAAAGCCGCUGCCGAAUGUGGCAGGGUUGCCACGGGAGCUUGGAAGUCCGGCCUUGCUUCUGGGUGCUGAGUCGGGCUCUUGUGAAGGUUUGGCCCUACGUGGCUUGCCCGAGGCCAUCCGGGAAGCUUUGAGCAGAGCUGGGAUUGAAUUCACGGUCUCUAGCAGCCUCACCGUGAGCAUCGCUGGGCGUAUCAGUGACUAAGGUGAUCGCUUGGAGGUGCAGGGGCGUUACCUGCAAACCCGCUGUCAUGUCGCCUUCUAGAACGACACAACUGGCUUUGUCUAGCACAGGGCUUCUCAACCUUUUCCUUUCUACGCCCCCCCCCCGACAUGCUAUAAAAACUCCAUAGCCAGCCUGUGCCACAACUGGUUUUCUCCAGAUCCGAUUACUCCUGGGGGAAUUCUGUGCCAAACAAUUAAAAACUCUGCACACAAUCAUUUGAAAGUUCUGCAUAUUUUAUUUGUCAGAAUAACACAAUAUGAUC